AUGAAUGACUUGGUGAUAACAGUUGUGUCCCAACUACCCUUUCCUGUGCCUUUUGUCAAGUUCUAUGUUGAUGACUCUGUAAUGGCUUUACCAUUUGACAUGAUUGAUGAAACGGUAAAAAUUUUCAAUAGCUACCAUGACAAGAUACAGUUCACGUUUGAAGUUGAAGCUGGAGGUUCUUUACCCUUUUUGGACGUCUGCUUACACCGUACGGAAGAACAAAAAAUCAUAACGAAUUGGUAUACUAAACCCACCAGCUCAGGUAUCAUACUUAACUAUUUAUCAAACUAUGCUACCAGCUAUAAGAUCAGUGCUAUUAACAACUUACUUCACAGAGCAAUCAACUUGAGCAGCCCCGUGUAUCAUGACCUAAACAUAAGAAAAGUGAAACACAUAUUACGAGAUAAUAAAUACCCCAAACCUUUCGUUGAUAGAAUUGUUUCAGAACUUCUACGUAAACGAAACAAUGACAAAACUGUCAAUACAACCACAAUGAGUAAAGCUUACUUCAAAGUUCCGUAUGUCCCAGAACUGUCCCAAAAAAUCAAAAGAACCCUUAAAACGGAAAAUAGUGAGCUGAUGUUUUACAACAUGAAAACAGUUGGGUCGUUAUACAGCAAAAUAAAAGAUCCAAUAAAUAAAGAUCAUAGAUCAGGAGUGAUAUAUGGGAUUCCAUGUUUGGAUUGUGAUAAAAUGUAUAUAGGACAGACGAGACAGUAUUUACAAAAUAGGAUUAAACAACAUGCAUACGAUGUCAGAGAUGUGAAAAAUAGAGAAAGGACAGCCUUGUGUUCACAUUUUUUCAAAGACGAUCACAGGUUCGAUUUUUCGAAUGUAAAAAUAUUAGACAAUGAACAACAUUUUAGAAAAAGGAACAUUUUAGAAAUGAUACAUAUAAACAUUAACAACACUGUUAAUUUUAAAUCUGAUACUGAACAUUUAAGCAAACUUUACAAUCCUGUCUUGACCAAAUAUGUGCAUUUAUAG